CUUGUUGUGGAGAGAGAGAGAGGGAGAAGAAGACGAAGAGCUCCUGCUUCACGGUGCUUGCUUUCCGCAGAAGAUUCUCUGUGUUUUCUAUAUAUAUAAAGUUAGAAAAAAAAGGAAAGAAAAAAACUUGGUGAGCAAGGAGAAGAACAAGAAGAUUACAUGGAAAAAACUAGAUUAUUAAAUUAAUAAGAAAGAAAAGAAAAAAGAAUUCACUAGAGGGUUUCGUGAAAACCUUUUGCUCAAUCAAGCCUGUAAUUUCUAUAAGGCUCUUUGCUUCACGUAAUCGCUUUUUUGGGAUUAUCUGUAUCCAUUUCCCGUCUAAGUUCAAGAUUUUCGUUCUAACCCUUUUACCAAAAUCAUCCAUUUUCAUUCAUAUUUUAUUUCUUCUAUCUUUUUUUGACUUUGGGUAUUAUUUAAAAAAAAAAAUUUGGAAGCAAAAUUAGGGGUUUUUAGGGAGAAUAAUUUAUGGGUUUGGUGUGAUUUGGGAUGUUUUGGCUGGAUUCAGUACUGGGUAUUUGAUAAUCUGGGUUUUUUGGGAAUACGUAUCGGUUGUGUACUUGGGACCUGUGUCAUUUUUUUUUAAAAAUUCUGAGUCGGUGUUGAUUUCUCUGUCAAGAAAGAUUGUGACUUGAAGUUGGUGGGAAUUUUUUUGUAUGGAUAAAAUAUUUUCGGUGGUUCUAUCCUAAAUCAGAGUGAUUUUUCUGUUCUAAAUGCUGGGUAGAUAGCAUUUUUCUAUGGUCUUCCCCGAUAGACUCCUCGGUGGGUUUUCAAAAUUUGGUUGAGUUUUGCAGACUUUAAUGGUGGUUUCUGAGAUUUCCCGAGGUUUUAUCGGGCUUGAAGUGUAGAAGCCGAACUUCCCAUCUGGGUUUGCUUUUUCGGGUUGAACUCUAUUGAUUCUCGGUGAUUAAGCCGCUUGUUCUAAGCUUAUUUUCACCACUUCGAGCCUGAAUUUUCCUUCGAGUAGUUGAACUUUGUGUUGAUUGGAAAAAUCUGUGGUGGGAAUUCUAAGUCUUUGGGAUAAGAUGAGUUCGACAGUCACCGAAGGUUUGAUCCAUCAAGGUAAGCUUCUUAUCCACAUAGCCGAAAAUGGACGUUCAUUAGUGCUAGAGUGCGACGAGACCACAAUUGUUGAGAAGGUUAUGAGGUCGAUUGAAUCUGUUUCUGGGAUUAGUUUCGGUGACCAACUUGUGCUCUGUUUGGAUAUGAAACUUGAGCCACAAAGGCCUCUGUCGGCUUAUAAGCUACCGGCAGGUGAUCGGGAAGUGUUCAUAUACAACAAGGCAAGGCUGCACCACAACUCUCCUACACCACCACCUGAACAAGUCGACGUUUUUGAUAAUUUGGAACCCCAAUCACCAACUUCUUCUCGUGAUCCUCAUCCUUUGGAUGAUGCUUUGGACCCUGCUCUCAAGGCUUUGCCUUCUUAUGAGAGGCAGUUUAGGUUCCAUUGUCACAGGGGCAAUGUGAUUUUCGAUCGUACUCUAGCCAAGUAUGGGACUUGUGAGAGGUUUCUGAGAGAGCUGAAGGUUCAAGAGAGAGCACUGGAAAUUGCAACUGGGAAUUUGGAUCAGUACUAUAAGGUGAUUACUCAGAACUGUCGGGAUUUCAUGAAGCGAUUUUCGAUGCAGCAUCGGUGGCAUUCGGAUCUUUUGGCGAAUUUCGGAAGGGAUUUGGAAAAGUUGAGAGCUGUUAAGCUUCACCCUUCUUUGCAAACGACCACGCGGAAGUGUUUGUUGGAUUUUGUCAAAGAAGAGAGCUUGAGGAAGUCUGCUGAGAAUUGUAGUAGUUCCCAUAGGCUGUUUGAGGGUAAAGUCUCACAGUUUAAGCAAAUGUUUAAUGAGAUACACCGCAAGAUGGAUGAAGUUUUCUCGAGCAGAGCUUCUCUUCCUAUCAGGAACUUGGAACAGAUGAUCAAAGAUCACCAGCGGUAUAUUAAUGAACAAAAGAGCAUAAUGCAGUCUUUGAGCAAAGAUGUAGGCACAGUGAAGAAACUAGUGGAUGAUUGUUUAUCUUGUCAACUGUCUUCCUCACUUCGUCCUCAUGAUGCAGUUUCAGCCUUGGGUCCUAUGUAUGAUGUUCAUGACAAGAGUCAUUUGCCUAAAAUGGAGGCUUGUGAACGUGCCAUUUCCAAACUUUUGGACUAUUGCGUCGAUAAAAAGAAUGAGAUGAACAUGUUUGUGCAUAAUUACAUGCAAAAAGUAACAUAUGUUUCUUACAACAUUAAAGAUGCAAAGUUUCAGUUCCCUGUUUUUAGAGAGGCAAUGGCACGCCAGGAUGAUAUAUUUGCGGAGUUGAAGUUUGUUCGUGGUAUCGCCCCUGCAUAUAGAGCCUGCCUUGCAGAAGUAGUGAGAAGAAAGGCUAACAUAAAGCUUUAUAUGGGUAUGGCUGGGCAGUUGGCUGAAAGGCUUGCGACAAAGAGAGAGGUUGAGGUCAGGACUCGAGAAGAGUUUUUAAAGAAGUGUGGAUCAUAUGUGCCUAAGGAUGUCUUAGCGUCUAUGGGAUUAUUUGAUACCCCUAAUCAAUGUGAUGUUAAUAUAGCUCCUUUUGAUACUAGUUUACUUGAUAUUGACAUUGGCGAUCUGGAUCGCUAUGCUCCUGAAUACUUGGGUGGAUUUCCUUCAAAGGGGGAAAAACAUGGAACAUCUAAAGCUUCCUCUUCUAUGUCCAAUGACAGUAGUCACUCUGUUGAAGCUGAAGACAGUAGUGCUACAGAGUUGCUGGUGGGAUGUGAAUCUGAGGAGCUAUAUGAAGGUUCUGAGUUGUUUGAUAUUGCUGGAACUAGUAAAUUGGAAGUUGAGAAUGCAAAAUUGAAAGCUGAACUUGCUUCUAAAAUUGCAUUGAUCUGUGCUUUCUGCCCUGAAGUCGAAUAUGAAUCAUUGGAUGAUAGUAAAAUGGAUAGUUUGUUAAAAAAUGCUGCAGAUAAGACAGCUGAAGCCUUGCAUCAGAAAGAUGAGUAUGAAAGACAUCUCCACUCUAUGCUUAAGAUGAAACAGUUGCAGUGUGAGUCAUAUGAGAAACGCAUUAAAGAGUUGGAACACGAGCUUUCAAAUAAUAGAGAUGUGACUGACUUUGGCAUUAUGGCUGCAAAGAAUGAUGUUUACAAGUCACAGACUCUGGGUGGUGGAGAAACCCACAUCCCUUGCCUAUCUACGUCUGAGCCUAUGGAUGAGGUUUCUUGUAUCUCUAAUUCUUUGGAAUCAAAGUUGGGGCUUUUCACUAGCCAGCCUUGCAAAGGGAGAGAUGGGGUGGAUGAAAACAUGAUGGAUUCUUCUGGAGUACACAAUCCUCAGUUGGAUUCAUCAAUGAUCGAGCCACAUCGUGAUGGCGACAAAGAUGGGAAAGAUAAGUUGGUGGGGCAGUUGGGCAUGUCCCUGACGUGUAGCUCCACUGCCGAAAGCAUGCCUGAGCCUUCAAGUGUUUUACCUUGUGAGACAGCAGCUGAACGCGUCUUGGACUCAAAAGUUAGUGGUAAUCAAUUGUUGGAAUUGCAAAGUGCACUUGCUGAAAAGUCAAACCAGUUGAGUGAAACUGAAGCAAAGCUUGAAGCUGCUAUGGAGGAGGUUGUGAUGCUUAAGAGGGAGCUGGAAACUAGCAGGAAGCUUCUUGAUGAAUCUCAGAUGAACUGUGCUCACUUGGAGAACUGUUUGCAUGAAGCACGAGAGGAAGCUCACACCCAUCUGUGUGCGGCUGAACGAAGGGCUUCUGAGUAUAGUGCACUGCGUGCAUCUACACUGAAGAUGCGCAGUCUCUUUGAAAGGCUCAAGACAUGUGUAUAUGCACCUGGCGGGGUUCCUGCUUUUGCUGAUUCUCUGCGUAUUUUAGCACAAUCUUUGGCCAAUUCUAUAAAUGAAAAUGAAGAUGAUGGUACUGCCGACUUCCGAAAAUGUAUUCGAGUACUUGCAGAUAAAGUUGGUUUCUUGUCCAGGCAUCGCGAUGAGCUACUCGACAAGUACCCCAAGGUAGAAGCUGCAAGUGAACAACUUAGAAAGGAGUUGGAAGAAAAGAAAGAGCUUGUUAAUACCUUGUAUGCCAAGCAUCAACUUGAGAAACAGGCCAACAAGGAAAAGAUAUCUUUUGGCAGAAUGCAAGUGCAUGAAAUUGCUGCAUUUGUUCGUAAUGCAAAUGGGCAUUAUGAGGCAAUAAACAGGAACUGCUCAAACUAUUAUCUUUCCUCUGAAUCAGUAGCCUUGUUUACUGACCACCUCCCUGGUCGACCUAACUACAUUGUUGGACAGAUUGUACAUAUCGAAAGCCAGACGGUGAAGCAGUUGGCUACGACUUUGUCUGGUCCUGAGCAUAACCUGGCAACUGAGGCGGGGACUGAUCGGUUGACCUUGAAUUCAGGCUCAACUUCAAAUCCAUAUGGUCUCCCUAUCGGCUGCGAAUACUUUGUAGUAACAAUAGCCAUGUUACCAGAUACCGCCAUUCAUUCGCCACCCUCAUCUUCUUCUUCAACUUCUUCCUGAUCUUUACUUCAGACAUAUUGGCGUGAUGGAAGAAUCCCUAGUGUACAUAUUAUAAAUAUAACAUUCAAAAAGCUUAAAUCCUUGUGGUGGGCAUUGGAACUUUUAUUUUUCUUUCUGUACAGCUGAUGAUUCAAUAGUUGUUUUUAAAGUCUCCUAACUUUUGUAAAUAUUGCUACUCUUUUCUUUGAAAAAAAUAUGUAUAAAAUCUGUGAAUAUUUUCCAGCUUUAUGAUC